AUGAAUCUCCUCAGUCAGUCAGAGGAGGCUCUCCAGGAAGCCAGGCAGGAGGCCGCAAGAAGUUGCAGAGAGGUGGGCGUUCAGACGCAGGAGGUACGAAGACUGGAAAACGCGAUACGCAAAGAGGAGGAGAACCUGAAAAACGCUCGCAGGGAGAAACAGAGUCUGAGCACUCAAGUCAGGCAGCUGAGUCAAGAGCUUGAGGAGCUGCAUUGCAAACACCAAACAACAGUGGAGGCGUUGACAGCCCGUUCAGAAGAGGCAAAGCGCAUGGUGGCCUGUCUGAAUGAGGAAGAGAAAGCAGGAAACAAAGCACGUGUCAUGGCGCAGAGACUGGAAUUGGAGGUUGCAGAACUCAAGAAGAAGGCUGACGUCGCGAAAAGGGAUUCACAAGCCCAGCUGGACACGCUCCGGUCCAAGUUGGCCGCAGUAUGUUCAGACAACGACAAGCUUCGCCAUGAGAGCCAGCUCGUCGUGACUAAUCUCAAACGAUGGAUCACUGAGCAAACAUCAUCUAGCAAAAGCCUUGCACAGCAAAUGAAAAGUCAAAGCCAAGUUCUGCUGAACGUCACGGAAGACAAAAUACAUCUUCAGGAGGCUAAUGACACACUGAAGGCAGAGGUGAAGCGACUGAAAGAAGAAGUGGUGGAAGGGCAGGAGAAAGAGAUGGCAAGCAUCAAGGCCCAACUUAAGGACCUGUGUGAACUUCAAGAUAAGAACAUCUUAGAUAAGGAGACUUCCAUGGCCCUGAAUCUUGGCAGACUGGCUGACAUGCAGACCAGACUGCAGGGCAACAUGGACGCCAUCAGUCUGCUAAAUCAACAAUUAAACGCUCUGAGCGAGGAGAACAAGCACUUGCGUUGGCAGCUGGAGGAAAAGAGGAGCAUGUGCACACAAGUAGAGUACCACCGCCCUCAUCCUCCCACCUCCUCACCAUCUCCCGUCGUUCAUCCCUUCCACCUCACUCCUCCUCCUCCCAACCUGAAACAAGCGACAAGGGGCAUUGAGGGCAUCGAAAACCCAAGGUAGUCUUGCUCGCCAGUGGCACCUUGUUGAUAUUCUGACCAACGUCGUGUUUGGAGUGAGAGACAAGCAAGUACACCACCGACUGCAAUACCACACGAUGCAAUCCAACCACAAGAAGUGACGGCUUCCUCCUCAAACCCAGCCAGAGACUUUAUGUCCUCCUAAAUACAAGAGCUGCCUUCAGCAAUCAUGGCUUCCUGUUCAAUGUUGAUCCACACAAACAUCAACCAAGACAACACCGGAGGGAACAAAGCCUCGGCCCUAGCAUGGACUGACCCAGUGCUGAGCAGAAGGUACGUGGCUGUGAGCGAGAGGAAUAUGCUGAGAAGCCGGUGAAACAGGCGUGUGGAGCUCAUCAAUGGAACAGAUGCAGAAAGAAGACGUUCUUAUCCUGCAGCAGGCUGGCCAUCAAG